AUGAUUUCGUUGACCAAUUCUGAGACUGAUGGGCUACAGCUAUUAGUGGCCCUUCUAGAAGAAGAGAUGACAUGUCCACAACUGGUCUCUAGUCUAGUACUGUGUAGAAUGCGUGGAUCCAUCGGGGAGCAAGGGGUGUCCUCAAUGUCGAGGACACCUGGCCUUAUCAGAGAG